AUGUGUAUGUUGGAACUAGUAAUCUUUGAAGAUCCUUACAGUGAAUGCAAAAAUCCAGCUCGAAUUUUUAAGAAAGUUAGCUCGGGUGUUAAACCUGCUUCCCUCGUCAAAGUUACUGAUCCCCAAAUCAAAAUAUUCAUCGAGAAAUGCCUGGUUCCUGCUUCGCUGAGGUUGCCUACCAAGGACCUUCUCAAAGAUCCAUUUCUUCAGAUUAAGAAUUUAAAUGAGCCAACCCAUAAUUCCGAGUAUAAUCAAUCAGUUUAUACAGACUCCCAUUGUGGAAGUCCUUGUGCUCCGACAUUAGAAUUUCAGAGGUUUAAUCGGAAUAAUGAAUUUAAAUUGACGGGUAAGAAGAAAGAUGAGAACUCAGUUUCAUUGACCUUGCGAAUUAAAAGCCCUUCAGGCAGAGUAAGGAAUAUACACUUCAAUUUUUAUCUUUAUACUAUCACUGCACUAUUAGUUGCGGCUGAGAUGGUUGAACACUUGGAACUAGUUGAUCAUGAUGUAGAUUUUAUUGCUGACUUCAUUGAUUAUCUAAUAAUGAAAAUUUUGCCUAGUUUGAAGCCUUCCGAUUAUUUUUCUAGUGGAGGGAGAAGUCAAAGAGAAGAAGCUAUAGAGCAUUACCUAAACUUGUCACCCAUCACUACCACAUCUAAUGCUCGGCAAGAUGAUAUUCCAGUUCUCAAUAUGAAUAACCAAAUUGGUAGUACUCAUCGAGCUGAUGAAGAUAAAUUUUCAAUUUCUUCAUUCAUGGCACCUAAAAUUGAUCAAAGAGAUCCACUCUUCAUUGGUGCUUUGGAUAGUUCAAGCACUAUACUCGUUCCAAUCAAAUUAACUGGGAAGAGAAAGUAUGGCUUUGUCACUAGAUCUUGCAGCAAGGAGUCAUACAGAGAGGAACUCCAUGAACAGUGGAAAAGAUGCAAUGCUAUUGUCCUCUCAUGGAUCAUGAACACCGUGAGUGAAAGCUUACUAUCUGGGAUCGUGUAUACUACAAAUGCUUGUGUUGUCUGGGAUGAUUUUAAGGAAAGAUAUGACAAAGUUAAUUGUAUGCGCAUAUAUCAAUUGCAUUGUGAAAUCACUAUGCAUUCUCAAG